CCCUGGUUUCGCAUUGUUUUUACGCUGGCAUUAAUUAGAAUUGGUAAAUAUAUGUUUGUCAGCGUGCAUAUAAGAAAGCUCUUACGUUGCAAUCUAGUGCUUAGUGGUUCGUAACUCAGAAACCAGCUUAAAAUCAACAAGAGUUUGAAAAAACAGCAAACAAAACACACACGCAGGGAUACACGCAGCCCCACUCACACAAACACACACACAUACACAUAAAGAGGUGCACACGUCAGUGCCACGAAUUCCAUAAAAAAGAACAACAAGAUAACCAAAAUUAAAACUAUAGGCAGUUGGGACCGAUCGGAAGCGGAUGAUAUAUGCUAGCUAUAUGGUAAACCCUCUCUCGUUCCAGUCAAUGUCGAUAGCUAGCGCUGCGCAGCCACCGUGGAUAUAUAAUCGGUCCUUCAGAUAGCCAGUCCGCAUAUAUAUUCCCGAUUCCUCGAUUAGUGUUUUUGUUUGUUUCUCUCCCGUUUUUUGUUUGUUUUUUUUUUUGUUGCUGCGUUUGCUCCGGUACACUAGGAUAGUUAGUAAUAUUUUGUAUUUGAAACGACAAUGGCGGAGGAUUCGGCUGCUUUGGAGAGCUCCUACGACUUCUCCAUCGUUCAGCCCGACGAUCACGAAUAUGGUGAGGCGGAUAUACGCUUGGCGGGCAGCUCCAACGAUCUGUCCUUGUUACAGAAUGUAUCCGCCAGCUCAACGAGAGGCAGCGAAGGCAAGGGCCGUUUGGACAGCCUUAAAGAGAAUCUGUACAAGCAGCAGGAGCGCCUUACUGCCUUAAAAGAACGCGCCUUAAGGAAAUCCCAGGAUGGGCGACACAAGUCCAGCAUGAGUGACUCCAUGGAAUCGCUUAAGACACUGGGUCAGAAGCUCACCGUGUUGAAGACGCGCUCCGGCGACUCCUCCACUCCACUGGUCACACCCACUAAGGACAACGACCCCGGGGAUAUCUCUCUACUCCAAACCAGUGGCAGCGAGAAGCUCCUGAUGCUCACACAGCGCACGGAACAAAAUCGUGCUUUGUUGGAACAGCGCAAGAGGGAUCUGGCCAAGUCUCUUCUUUCGGUAAAGUCGAAUAUUGGCUAUCAAACUACAACCGAGCUGGGCUCUUCCAUGACGGACCUACGACAGGCAGCGUCUACCUCUAACCCUCCCGUUUCCCGUCACCGUUCUGCCUUGGACUUGGAGGCCCAAGGUCAGGAGGCCGUGGACGAAAGUCGGGUGAAGUUGCUCAGGAAUCGUAUGAAGUUGACGGAGCUUAAGCAGGGCCGUCAGGAACAGGAGCUGCAGGAACUGCGCACAGAACUGGCCAAGCGCGCUAAUCUCAUCGAGCAAUUGGAACUUUCCGGUGCGGAAUUACAGCGCACGCUCACCCAGCGAAACGAGGAGUUGGAGCAAUUGCGUCUGGUCCAGGUUAAACCAGAAGUAAAGAAGGAGAACGAGAUCGAGGUGCCGGAAGGUGAUGACCUGAAGGAGCAGGAGAACUCCCGCCUCCAGGGAGAAGUUUUAGUGCUAAGAGAACGACUAACAGAGCUGGAAAACAUCAACGACCUGUUAGAAACGACCCGCUGUGAACUUCAGGAAGAGCUGACCACGGCGCGCGAAAGGCAACGAGAUCUGGAGCUGGAACAAGAGCAGGAUAAGUCUUCCAGCAGUCUGCAAUCGGAGGCAGCGUCCACCGAUGCGCAGGUGAGCGCGGAGCUGGCCAAACAGCUUCAAGAACUCACCAACCAGCUAGCGGACCUACAAUCAACUAAUGAGGAGUUGCGUCAGGAAGUUGCUGCCCAAAAGAAGCUCCAGGUGAGCGAUGACAGUGUUUCCCAGCGUCUCGAGGAACUGGAAGCCACCAUAGCGGCGCAGCUUUUAGAGCUGGAGGAAAAGAAGUCGGCAGUGGCUGCCCAAAGCGAAGAACUCGCAGAAAAGACAACGGAACUCAAUGUGCUCAAUGUGAAUCUGCGUCUGCUUGAGGAGAAACUGGCGCAAAGCAGUCGCAGUAAGCCCCUAUUCCUGGAUGACCAUUUGGAGGACAGUGCUGCCAGCAAGCAGAUGCAUGAGGAUCUGCAGCAACUGAAGCAGAAGCUGGACGAAACUAACAAGGCCAACAUAAAGCUAAAGCUGAAAUGCAAGCAGACGGAGAAGCAGCUUCAGAAAUUCCAAUCACAAGAUGGUCAGCAGCAGUUGGUAUCACUGGCAGCUGAAAACGAGGAACUGCAGCAGAGGAUCGCCGUCCUCGAGGACGAGAAGGGUCAAUGGCAGUUAGCCAACAUGCAGGAGGAUGAUCGCCAGCCAGAGCAAUUGCCGGAGUCCAACCCUUUGCAGCUGGAAACAAUUCGUUUGCUGGAAGAGCAGAAAUUGGAAUUGCAACAGGCCCUGGAGGCCUUACUCAGUUCAUCCAGUUCGGCGGAAUCCAUCGAAAUAGUGGAGCGCCAUCACUUAGAGUGCCUAGGCCAACGACGUCCAGCCAGCGAGGGCGACGCGCAGGAGCAGAAGCAAGUGCAUCCGCCAGUGCCUAGUCACGUGAGCGAGCUCACUCAAACGGAACACACUGAGGAAGAGGAUUCCUCCGGCGAAAGUCUUUCCCAGCUUAGAGAACGCCUUGAACUAUUCACCCAGGAGCGCGGAGAGGUAUUGGACAAGCUAGAGCAACUGUCCGCUGAGAAUUCGCAACUCCAGGCAAGAUUGGAGGAAAGUUCCAGUUCCCUGCAGCUGCUGCAGCGUGAACGAGAGAAGGAUCUGCUCUCCUCCACGUCCACCUCUUCCAACCUUUCGCAGGAGCUCAGUUCAAUGCAGCGUUCCUCCGAAGUGGUGGCAACACUGGACGCUGGCGAAGGAGGACCCGUGCUCUUUGAGAAAUGCGAGAAAUCCCUGAGCAAACUGAACUCUGAAUUGGAGGCCUAUCGCAAGGCAAACGAUAGGCAGGCCAAGUUCAAUGUGUCCAAGAAACUGGCCAAGGAGGCCAAGAACUGUCACACCCAGUUGAGUGAGCUUCUUCACAAGGUUAAGGAAGCGAGCACCGCGGUUGAAACUGUUACCGUUGUGGAGACCGUGGUGGCAGUAACCGCUCCCAAUGGAAAAGCACUUGCGGAAUACGAGCAGCUGAACGCACAGAACGCGGAACUCAAGGCGAUAAUCUCUCGCUUGCGCCAGGAAUUGGAUGAAUUGAGGGAAAGCUAUCCGGAAACAGAAGCGCCAUUGGCCAUAGUUGGUUCCGAUUCUCAAAAAGAAGAUGAGCUCCUCCAACUGCAGUCCCUGCUGGAGGACGCACGUUCCUUGCAGGCCGAGCAACGCCAGCAAAUCGAGGAGCAGCUAGAUCAAAUCAGGGAGCUGCGUCAAACCGAAGCAGAACAGUUGCAAUUGGUGGCCAGGCAGAGUGCCGAGAUCACACAACUCCAGCUGCAAUCAGAACAAUUUGAUCAGCUGCUCAAUUCCAAGGAAAUGACACAUGAGAAGCAACUGGAGCAGCAAACAAGGAUCCGUCGAGAGCUAGAAGGACGGGCCGAAUCUCUGGAGGGCGAACUGAGUAUCCUGCAGACUCUAGUUGCCGAGCAAAAGCAGCAACUCAUCGAAAGUGUCAGCGAAAGUGAGCACGCUCUUAACCUUAAGAUGCUUGAACUGCAAUCCGCCCAAGAGGAGCUUCGCGAAUUGAGAGCCAAAGAGGAUCCGGAUCAGCUCAGAGAGGCUCUGCGAGUUAGCAAAAGUCUAGCUGCCCAGCAGGUUAGUGAAUUGGCUUCCAGCCAGGAGACUGUCGACGCUCUGAACCAGCAAAUCCAGGAGUAUCAAGGAUUAGAUCAAGCCCAUAAGGAGGAGCAGCUCAAGAACCGCGAACUGCGCGAGAAACUCAAGAAGUAUGCGCUUAACCUCAAGAAACGCACACAGGACAAUGCCGAUCUCGAGCAGAAGAUCCAAGACCUUACUAGUCAACUCCAAGAACAGCAAGAGCUCUUCAAGCAGAAAGAAGAGGAGGAACGGGAACCCAUCGUGGACACCCAUCAAGUGGAGCAGUUGCAGCAACAGGUCAGCAAGCUUAACGAAGACCUGAAGGCCAAGAUCCAUGUCAACCUGGAAAAUCGCGAUGCCCUGCGUCAGUUAAAGCAGCAAAUCCAAGAGCAGGAGCAACUAAUCCAAGAACGUGAUGCGGAGCUCCAAGAAGCCAAUCUGGUAGGCAAGGAGCUGCGACGCGAGCGCCAAGAAGCCGAGCAGGAAGUCUUUCAAAUGGGUCAGGAAAACGUCAGACUCAGGGAAGAAAUCUCCAAGCUCCAGGAGAACAUUCAAACUCUUGGACAGAGGGUAAACGAAGAACCCACGGCGGUCGAGGAUUUGCGGCGUCAAUUAGAGGCAAAAUCAAAGAAGUUUGAAAAGUCCAAGGAGUUAAUAAAGCUUCGCAAUGCUACGAUUCAAUCGCUGCAGCGAGAACUACAGCAAUUGCAACAGGACCAAGACAGCGAGGUGGAACAUGUGCGAGCCAAGAGGGCCGCCCAAGAGCAACUGAGUCUAGAAAAGGAUGCGGAGAUUACUGCUCUCCGACAAGAGAUUCUUCAGCUGGAAAGCCAAAAGAGCAGGACUGCCGGUGAAGGCGAUGAUACCAUUACCAAGACCUCACAUCAACAAUUGGAAUCACAAUCGCAGCAACAAGCGGAAUUCCUCCAAGUGGCAGAGAGGGAGCAACAGCACCUUCGUGUCCAGCUAACGACGGCCCAGGAGCAGCACUCUCUGUUGGCGCAGCAGUACGCCAGCGAUAAGGCGAACUUUGAGAUGACCAUUGCCCGUCUGGAGACCCUUCACGAAGGUAUUCAGGCCAAACUACAAGAGGAUGCCUCUUACAUUGAGUCGCUGGAGGCGCAGAAUACGGAGCUGCAGGCCAGAAGCGCUGCUCUUGAGGAACAGGCCGCCAAUCAAGCUAAUCAACAAGCGGCGGCCCAGGAUAAAGUGCAAAUACUGGAGCAACAGUUGCAGAAACAGCGCGAGCUGGAGGAGCAGCAGACCCAACAGGAUCAGCAGCUACAGGAGCGUUUGAAUGAGCUUGGCCAAAGGGAGCAAGUUCAAAAUCGCCAACUUGAGUUGGUCAGCAGCGAUGCGGAGGAGAGCAGGCAGCAUCUGGCUCGCCUGCGAGCAGACUACGAGGCCUUGCAGGCCAAACACGCUCAACUAACAGCAACCGCCCAGGCAGAAAGGGAACAGAUGAGCAGCCACAGCCAGGAGGAGCUGGCCGAUCUCCGACAGCAACUGGACGCCAAGGAGGCGGAUCUGCACCGUCAGCGGCAGGUUUACGAUGCCAAACUGGCAGCCAAGGCCACGGAGCUCGAUGAACUCGAAUGCGACCUCAAUGGCCAUGUGGAACGAGCUGCUGCCGAUACGCGAGAGCUUGUUCAGCAGCUGGAGCGGUCCCAAGAGCUGGUAAACCAACGUACUGAGGAACUUCAGCGACUCAACGAAGAGUUCCAGGAGGUGGAACGCGAGAGAUCCACUUUAAGUCGAGAAGUGACCCUGCUCCGUUUGCAGCAUGACAGUGCCGAGCAAGAUGUUUUGGAGCUCCAGGAACUGCGCAUGCAGGCCAUGCAGGAUAAGACCGAAAUGGACAACCUGCGCACCCAGAUAGAUUCUCUUUGCGCCAAUCACAGCCAGGAGUUGCAGGCACUACAACAGCAAAUCGCUGAGUUGGACACUCUGGGUCAGAAUCAAACCGAUGAUCAGGUCUACAUCGAAACGGAGAACAAACGGUUGGCAGAGCAGCUAAGCGAACUGCAAGCUCAACUGGCCAGGCAGCAGCAGCAACACCAUCAUCAUCCUGCUGUUCAAUCUCAGCAGCAUCCGCCACCGGCAUCUCUGUUCUUUGGUGGCGAUGCUUUGGCCGCUCCUUCGCCCUUCGAUGAGAUUGCCCAACCGCUGAGGGUUUCUUCUCUAGCGGCAAGUGCAGCGCCACCCAUUUCUCCACCACCUACAAUCGAGGAUCUUCAGCGAAACGUUUCUGAUCUGGAGAAGCAUGCGCAGGAUUUGGAAACGAAGCUGCUGGCACGAAAUCAGAAUCUGGCAGAGCAGGAAGAGCGACGUUUGCAGUUGGAGCAGCGCCUUUCGGAAGUGGAUCGCCUGCUAAGCGAACGGACUCGGCAGCUGGCCGACAUUCAAACGGCCAACGAGGAACGUGAUCGCUUGGCGGCGCUGGAGAAGCUUAUCCAACCGGCGGCAGCGCCUACAUUGGACAUGUUCUUUGGCGUUCAAGCGGAGGAAACAGUGCCCGAUGCCGUGAGUCACCAUUUGGAUUUGGGCCUGCCGCAAACGGAACCAGUGGAGGAACCACUGAUUCAGCCCAAAAAGGCAUAUUUGUGCCAGCCAAAGCAAGAAAUUCCAGAGCCAACUGCUCAAUCCAUUGAUUGGGGUGUUGAUGAAGAUCCCUGGGCAAGUGCCGCCAACGAGGCUCCGCAAACCGAUGUGGAACACCUGCAUACGAGAAUCGCCCAAUUGGAGCUGCAGUUGUCCAAUGCCGAGCAGCAAAAGACCGAACUCCAAACCAAAGCCGCCAAGCUGAUGAAGCGCCUGAAGGAAUACAAAACGAAGGCCACAACGACCGCCACGCCCACGGUGACAGUGGAUAAUGAUCUGGACUCGACCAUAAUAGAGGAGCUGAAGCAUCAGCUCCAGUUGCAAGAGUCCCGACUGAGCAAAGCGGAAGAACUAACGCAACAGCACGCCCUGGAAAAAGAGAAGCUAGCGAAGCGCAUCGAUGUCCUGACAGCAGGAAACGAUCGUAUGGCGGAAAUGAAGGAGCGUCAGGACAUGGAUGUGCAGAUGUACCAGGCUCGCAUUCGGGAGCUCCAAGAAAAGCUUAGCCAACUUGAUCAGUGGGGUGAGCCUACCACUACUGUCUCCUCUUCGUUAAGCGGCGAUGAGGCGGCGAGGAUUGAGAGCCUGCAGCAGGAGAUCCAGCAACUGCGCCAACAAGUAAUCGAACUGGAAGAUUUACGCAGAGGCGAUUUAUCCGAACUGGAAGCACUGCGACAGAGUAGCGAAGGAAAACUUGCGAACCUCCAAGAAGACAACCAAAAAUUGGAACUCCAGCAACUUCUCCAACAAGUAAGCGAACUGGAAGCCCUGCGCACACGCGACCAAUCCGAAUUGGAAGCACUGCGUCAGAGCAGCCAAGGUCACGAUGAGGCUGCAAGGAUUGCGACCUUGCAGCACGACAAUCAACAACUGGAGCUCCAGCAGCUGCGCCAACAACUAAAUGAACUUGAAACAUUGCGCACACGCGAUCAAGCCGAGUUAGAAGCACUGCGUCAUAGUAACCAGGGUCACGAUGAGGCGUCAAGGAUUGCAGCACUGCAGCAGGAGAAUCAACAACUGGAGCUUCAAACACUGCGCCAACAACUAAUCGAUCUGCAAGAUCAGAGUAGUCAGGGUCAACAACUCUCGGUAGACAUGGACUCCAGAAAUGAUGAGCAAAUGGCUCAACUGCAGGAGAAAGAAUCAGAGAUUGUGCACUUAAAGCAACGCAUCGAAGAGCUCAUGCGCGAGGACCAAACAGAGAAGCUUGUCUUCGAGAUCCUGACGAAAAAUCAAGAGCUGCAGAUGCUACGCAUGCAGGUCAAGCAAUUGGAGGAGGACAAGGAAGAUCAGCAGGUGUCCGCUGCUUCUUCGACAGACGAUGGAGAGACCGUUGAAAAGCUGAAAAACCAGUGUCAGCAACUCCAGCAAGAAAAAUCUGACAUGGAGGAGGAACUGCGUGUGCUUAACAAUCAUGUUCUUAGCAGCCUAGAGCUGGAGGAUAGGAUGAAGCAAACGCUGCUCCAGCUGGAUACCAAAAACAUUGAAAUCACCGAGCUGCGUCGUUCUCUAGAAGUCCUGCAAAGCCAAAAUCUUGGUCAGAAUCCCGCUGCACAGCAAAUACCCGAUCUGUCAGCUAUCAAUCAGCAGUGGGAACAGUUGGUGGAGCAAAAGUGUGGCGAGGUGGCCAGCAUAUGGCAGGAGCAUCUCUCUCAACGGGAAGCUGCCUUCAAGGCGCAACUCGAGGAGGUUACCCAGCAGCAGCAGAGAGAACUGCCACCAAGUCAGCAGUCCACGCAAGGCGAUGCCACCAGCGACAUAAUGCUAAAGAUGCAAAAGGCACUGGAAACGCAGGAAAUGGAGAUUGUGACACUCAAGGAACAGCUGGCAAUUCGUUCAGCCGAGUACGCUCGUCUAGCCGCCCAAUACGAUCCGUUCCGGCUGCAGAAUCGUGGAGGACCCAGUGGAAAUCCUGCCUCGUCAACAGUCUCAGCUGGUGGACCACCAUCCUUAACUGCCAACGAACCACUGCCCGAGUAUGUGCUUAAAGCGGAUCUAGACUACGCCCUCAUGAUGCUCCACCAGCGGGACAUGCGAGUCGAGGAAAUGAUUGUGGAACUGGUGCAGUUGCUCGAGGAACGUGAUCACCUGCAACUAAAGUUGUCCGACACGCUGCGUCAGUUGGAAACUGAGCGGAGUCGCGUUAGCGAUGAACCAAGUGCCACGGCAUCCUCAUCAGCCGCCUCGAGCAGCAGUCCCAGCAAAAUCAGCAGUGCUGGCAGCAACAGCGAGCUUCUGGGAACGACGAGUGCAGCGGGCAGUGACCUUAAGCAGAAGCUAGCUGAGUUGCAGACGGUGAAGCAUUCCAAGGACAAGGUCAUCGUAGACGAGCGUGAGCAGCGCCUGCAGCAGAUGCUUCAACUGCAGAAAGACAUGGCCAAGCAGGGCUCGGGAUCGCAAUCAGGACCAGGAACAGGGACAGCAGCAGCAGCAGCCACGGCACCAACAGCAGCACCAGCACCAACACCAAUAGGCGUGGAUCUUUCUCAGUCGGGAUUGCGUUCGCCAUCGAUGAUGCUCAUGGACUGGAUACUGGGCAACAACAACAAGGAGGAGGAGGCAGGCCACCAAACCUCUGGCUAACCCAUUUCCACUUCCCGGCGAGAGCGACCACGCAUCCAGAAGCCUGGACUCCUACGACUAGCUCUUUAAUUACAAAUCAUUAAUUAAACUUUAAUUCGGGCCUUCCUUGUGCGGACAAUGGCGAUUAGCGUUAGAGUUCUUUAUACGAUAUUAUGUACCUUGGCUAGCUGAAAAGCUCUCCACUUAACUGUUCGAGCCGUAUUCCCGAUUUGUUCCAAGCGCGUACGUUUUAUGUUGUAGAUAUGUAAAAAUUGUAAAAAACAAAACGAAAUGAAACGAAGCUGAAGAAAAACCAGAAAACAGAAAACCCAACUAAAGAGA